GUCAAGCGAGAGGCGACAGCUCGCCAGCUGCGCGUCUUGUGUUUUUCGGAUUUUACGGUGCGAUCGACGUUCCUUUCUUAUUUUGUUGUUAUUUAUAUAAAAGUAAUCAAGUUUAAUUAGACAAGAUACGCGUGUGAACUAUUAAUUCAGUACUAAUAUUUAACCGUCAGUGGACUUUUGCGGUGCAUUGUGACUUUUAAAGUGUUCAAUACAUGGAUACCUGUGUCUUUUGUCUGUAAAACAGUGGAUUAUAUGAGAGGUGGUGAUAUUUAGUUGUUCAGUACGUUAUUGUCAGAUCUUGUGCCCGUGGACCCAACAGUGUGACCAGUGAUUGUUGUCGUGGCCGGUUUCCAGUGAGGAAACUUUCCAAACGUGCAUAAAACAGUGGGUAAUGCUUUCCUAGCGAAUGCGGGCCCUGCCUGCACGCAUUCCGUAGGGAAGCAAGUGCCGGCAAUAAGCAUUUUACGAGAGGCGAGCGGCGCGGGUGGCGGGGCGGGCAGCGUUGGGCUGCUGGCCAUGAACGCCACCCAGGUGCAGUGCGAGCCCCACGACUCGGUCGUACUCAUUAAAUAUGAGCAUCGGUCAGCCGGCGGCAGUUGGGAGGAGCCAGUGAGCGCCGUGCGGAACACACCGCUACGGCGCUCACAGAGGCUCAACUCGACCCUGGACUCCAGGAGCACCGGUCAGUUGCGUAGCACGCUGAGCCGCGCUCGUGAGUUAUGCGAGCGAUGGCGAAGUGGCGGUGGAGCGACUCCUGCGCCGCCGGCUCCCCCACCCGACGACGAAGGAGGGGGACGUCUGGCCCGAUGGUUCAGCGUGCGACGCGGUUCUUCUCAUCAGUACGACAUGCAUGGCCACGAGUCCGACAAAAUGCCCAAACUACCAGAGUUGGAGGAGGAUUUGUUCUCAUGCGGCGGCGAAGUGCGAGGCGGUCGAGUGCCGCCGCCCUCGCUGGGCGCGCCACCGGACUCCCUGUCCCCGGUGCAGCUGCGCCGCCGACAUGUGGUCGCUGCCAUCAUACAUAGCGAGAACUCAUACGUCGCCACCUUACAGAGGCUCAUCAACGACUACAAGAAACCCCUGGAGGAGAGUAGUCCAGCGAUUCUGAAUGCCAGCAAGAUCCAAACCUUGUUCCACCGGCUACCAGACAUACUGCAAUGUCAUCUACACUUCCGAACAGCACUGGCUGAUUGUGCGCGGACGUGGGACCGCGAUGAAAAAAUUGGCGAGGUCUUUUUGAGCGCGUUCUCAAAAGCCGUGGUGUUGGACGUGUACUCGGACUUCAUAAAUAACUUCUCGGUAGCUAUGGAAUUGGCCAAGAUGGAGUCGAAACGCAAGUCGGCGCUAGCAGACUUCUUCAAAGUGAAGCAGAUCAGCGCUCACGACCGACUCUCAUUCUUUGGUCUCAUGGUCAAACCUGUGCAACGGUUUCCUCAAUUUAUCAUGUUUUUACAAGACUUAUUAAAACACACGCCACCGGGACACUUAGACCGAGUGGCGCUACAACGUGCCUUGACGAGGCUAGAAGCUCUAGCCGAUGCCUUGAAUGAAAGGAAGCGAGAUGCUGAACGGACACAGGCAUUCCGUGCGGCUCUGAGACGACUGACACGCGGCGGAGUGGCGGGCGCGGGCGGGGCGGGCGGCGCCGCGCGCUUCGGAGCCGCGCGACUGCUCGCCUCGCGGGCUGACAAACGACAUCUGUUGCGGCAGGACGACUUGCUGCAGUUGGAAUUCAACCAAUCAGGCGGUCUCACCAAGUGCAAGCCACGUCGUUUACUUCUACUGAACGACCUGGUGGUGUGUGUGUCAGUGGGCGCGGCGGGCGAGGAGGCGGAGCGACUCGGCCUGAAGUGGGCGCACCCCGUGCAGGACGUCGACGUACUCGACACCGGCACCUCGCCCACGCUCAGCAGGGUGCUCGCGCAAGGUAUGAACCGCAGUGGCAGUCUCCGGUCCAGCUCAAGCAGUAGCAUGUCGACAUCGACAGGAGACUCCCUCUGCAGUGAGAUGUCAGCGCUGAUGCAUGACUAUGAGACUGUAUCUCGCAUGGCGGACCUGGCCGCGUCACUGCGGGCGCCAUACCCUGAACUAGGUGCAGACACCUUCCGAGCCUUGCUGCAGAACAUACAGAGGAGUAUACAGAAAAAAGACGACGAGAUGGCAUGGGUAGACUCUUGCUGUCUGCAACUGACGAUACGAGGUCGUGAAGAGCCAUUGACCUUCCGCGCUAGUGAGCCGGGUGCGAGGCUAGCGUGGGCGACGGAGCUAAGGCUCGCCCAACUAGCGCAGGCCUCCGCCAACUCACCCGCGUGGAGGUUCCCGUCACAACUUGCGCCGGCGCAUAAGAUGCCACUGUUUGUCGCUGCUACACCCGUGUAUUCGUCAAAGCAACUUACUGAGGUUCGUUGCGGAUGUUUCUACACGUCGUGCGGCGGCGGGCGCGGCGGCCCCCUGCGGCGCGCGCGCUCCUUGCUGUGGGUGAGCGCGGGCGGCGCCAGUGACAGCCACGUCGCAGUACUCACGCACCGCGCUGCCAAACUCAAGACACUCGUCACACUGGACCUGCCUGAUACCAAGGUUACCUCAAUGGAAUUCGCGCGCGGAGUACGACAAGUAACAACACUCUGCGGUGACACCGUAUGGCUCGGAACUGAUGACAAGAAAAUCAUUAUAUUUUCUGCAGUUGAACCCGAGAAGCAAGAAAAGUUAACUGAAGUGCCAACGAUCGCGGCUAUCACGCAAAUUCGAUAUCAUUGUGACGCCAUGUUUGUAGGACUGGCUAAUGGACGAGUGUCAGUGUACCGACGGAACCACGAUGACUCCUGGGCCCUGCAGGAGCCGCUCGCUAUCGAGCUCGGGGACCGGCCCGUGCACUGCGUGCUGCCAGUGGACGGCAUCAUAUACGCGACCUGUGCGCGCAGGGUCUUCGCCAUCAACGCACUCACCGCGGAGAUCAUGCGCAUACUGGAGCUCAAAGGAGACGGCGACCGAUCCGUCAAGUACCUCGCCCAUUCCGGUGUCGGACUGUGGACCGCCUUCUCAGACUCCACCUACGUCAGCUUGUACCACGCUGAAACAUUCGAACACCUCCAAAACAUUGACAUCGCUGCUGAUGUCGCGAAAACGAUUGGUGCUAGAGAGGGAAGCAAACCCGCGUACGUGUCCGCUCUACUCGCCUGCCAGGGACUACUGUGGGUCGGCACUACGGCUGGAGUCAGUGUUACUGUACCACUACCCAAGCUGGAAGGACUCCCGCUUAUAGGUGGACACAUCGCUGCCUCGUACCACGCCCACGCUGGACCCGUGUCGUUCCUACUUUCAUUGAUGCCGGAAACUAAAGAUGUAGAUGUAAAUACAGUGCGGCGGAAUUUAUCCAACGCUCGUGCUCUCGCCGAUACCGUUAACCACACGUUGCAUGAAUUUAAAGAAGAGAAUGGUAAAGAAGAUAAUGAUAAACCGAAACUAGAGCGACGGAUAUCAGAAGACGCCAGCCCUUACCGACCGCAGCGCGUGCAGUCAACUGUGGUGCGACGGAAGAAACCAGGCGAUGUGCGUCUCAGUAAGACAUUACCAAAAUGUGCGAACUUGAACGCUUGUGACGUAUACGGGUUGUACGGAGACUUGAUGUUCGUGAAGGACUGUGUCGGCGAGGCUGACGUGGGAGGCUCGGGCGGGGAGGCUCUAAGGAGGAGUGACCCCGAGCUGGCCGCGAUACCUUUCCGUGUUAGUACACUUGACCGACGCUUGCGCAUGCGUGCUGGUAGACCUCGUAGUUUGGACCUAUCAAGCUGGUCGGUGGACUCCCGCGCCUCCAGCCUAUGUACGUCGUCGGGCAGUGAGGAGUCCAUGGCACUGCGUGGAGUGUCGAGGACUAGUUCGGGUGCAUCAGGUGCGGCUGCUUUGGCUCCGGUGGCUGCAUCCACGCCCGACUCAUCGUCGGCCAAGUCCAGUGCGUCAGAGCGUUCUUCCUGUCGCACGGAAGGCAAUGCGGAGCCUCGCGGGUCCGCGGGGCGCAGCCUGCGCGGCGCGGACUACGUGGUGGGGGCGAGCGCGGCGCGGCGCUCGGUGCUGACGGUGGUGGGCGGGCGCGGGUACGUGGACUGGCGCCAGACGGCGGACGCGGCCGAGCGCCCGCAGCCGGCCGCCGACCCCAACCCGAAGGACGCGCACCUCAUACUCUGGGAGAUGCGCUUGUGACCGCUCUACUACGCUCGACUCGGGGAGUUCGCCGCUCCCCUGGGAUCGUUCGCCCGGCGAAUAUUUUGUGUAUACUCGGCGAUUUACGUGUCAUAUUAAAUUUGUCGACGGCCUGUAUAUAUAGUGCUAAUACGUAGACUCGUUAUGUUAAGGUUUACACGAAUACGAAGAUGCUACUACACUUAUACACGUCCGUUAGCAUUGCACUGAAAUUAUAUUGAUGUGUGACACAAAUAUUUACAUUUGUAAAAUUAUGCGAAGCUUUAAAUUAUUUUUUGAAGUUGGAGCUACUUAUGCGCUGGCUCGACGUUUACAUUGGUUUAGUAUUAACACUUGAGAAGUGGUGCAUUAUUUUGUGAUCAUCUAUUGAAAUGUUGGUAAAUUCAUAUUUAGGGUACAUUAUAAUGUAAUUUUACGUUCUUUAGCGACACUAGUUGUGCCCUUUUAUGGACGACUUGACCAAUCACUUACAUAUUACGUGUUUAUAAAAUACAUUUUAGAAUUCAGUUAUCAUGAUUUUUAAAUAAAACUUGAACAUUAUACACAAUUAUAAAUUAGAUCUGAUUUGGCCUAAUAUUUGCAUUUGGCAGGACCAUUAAACAUGAUUUGCAGCUAAAAUCAUUAUGAAAUCAUUUGAUUUUUUAAAUUAUUGAAUCAGUCAAUUAUUCUACCACUAAAAGUUACACUAAACCUCGUCAAAUGUGUAAAGGAACGAAACGAUAAUUACUACGAAGAUUGUUAUGUAAAAUAUAAAUUAAUCAAUGUAUAUUUUCAGUGUAAAUUGUAAUGAAUAACAUACCGCCUCUGUUUAAGUUAAAUUACAUUUUAAUAAAAUUUGAUUGUAUGAUCCUGAAGAAAUUCCAAUAACAUUAAAUUAGUUUCGUGUCAAUAUUAACAUUUUACUAAUUUUAUCUUUAGUUUUGGAUGUAAAUCAGUUUGCAUAACAAUUAACAAUACAUAGUGGUGGCCUUAUUAUGUACUUGAAAAUUUCCAGUGUAUGAUUUGUAUAGCAUUUGUUUAAGCUUUAUUGUUAGACAUUAAUGUCGCUUUAAGAAUUAGACUGAUUUAGCUAAGCGUUAAAAUGUACUGUUAAUGGAGUUAUUAGUAAAUAAGGAAAAAAACGACAUUGAUCUUUAUCAAAUAUCAGUGCACUUUAACAAAGCAAUGCAUGCAUUGCAGCGAAAGUGAUCACAUUUUAAAAUCGAACGAAAAGCUUUUACAAACUUGAUUUGAACAAUUGUUGAAUUUAUUAUAUUUAUGUAUAUUGUAUGUAAUGUACUUGAUGUUGAUCUUGUCUACACUAUGUUGUUAACCACGGCCGCUGUUCCGUAUGAAGUUUGCUCAUGUUUUGUCAAAGUUUAUAAUUAAAUUAUCACUUUACAACACAUGUUGAUUUCCCAAUAGUUAAUAUAUUCUUACAAUUCUAUUAAAGUUAAUCGUUAUUGUAUUUGUUUUCGGUCAGUAAUCUCACAAAGCAAUAUUGUUUUGCACGCCCAAAGAAUUCAUAGUAAGUCACGCAUUACGAAUAUUAGAUGAACCACAAAUUGAAAUGUGCCAAAUUGUAAUUAUCUGAAACAUAAUUAUUUGGUGUACAUACAUUUUGUACAUAAGUAUCGUAUGACAUGUAUUUCUUUUCUCGUGUAUUUAGGCACAAAGUUAUAUGAUACAUGAGAAAUGAAAUAUCUCUUUAUUAAUUUAAUUUUGUAAAUACAGGAAUGUAAAAGGAAAUCUUGAAAUAGACACAAAUCUGUUUUUUGUUUACCUAUAUCUAUUAUACCAUUGGAAUAUUUAUGCUGCAAAACGUCACAAGUGUACUUUUUGUGUAAAUAAAUUUAAGUUUAUACAUAUACACACUG